UUCCAAAUUUUUCUGAAAAUGUCAAGAGAUGUAAAUAAGCAAAGACGGAUCCCGACAACUUUUCAGAUCAACUAAGAAAGUCUAUCGGAGAGGAUGGCGUAACGGUUGAAUCGAGGCGGAUUGUGGUAGAGGAAAAUCGAGGGGGAAUUAAUUCAGAGGAAAGGUGCAAACGUGGAAGUGAGUUUAAUCGGUGGCUGGAUAAGCGAUUUAACGUGGAAAGUGGUAUUCUGCGUUGGGAUAAAGAUUUGAUAACAGUGGAAGUGGAAAGUGACAGUGCAGUAAUUAGUGCUGAAAAGAGCCACGAGACGCAGCUGGUUAUGGAGACCGCCGACACUAGCGCUGUGCAGCGGAAAUUCGAGGAAACAGAUCUGACAGCUGAUAAACAAGCAGAAGGUGAAUUGCUAAAGAAAAUGCAAAUCGAAGAGAGAAAAAAAGAGAGGGAGACCCAGAAAUAUGGAUAAAUCAAAAAUAACGGAUGCCAAAAGCGCGGCAAAAAUGGAGGAGUAUGUGGUGAAAAGUGGGGGAGAGAUUUUUGUGAGUUGCCUGGCAGAUGAGGCUUUCAAAAGAAGCAGUAAAAUAAACAGAUCCCCAGUGGGAAGGGGAAACAACAGUAGAAGGCAGAAGAAAGAAGAUGAGGAAAAUGAGGAUUUACAGGAAACAGGGAAGGGUGCAGAGCAAGAUAGCACCCUAGAACAUGUGUUCCCGGAGGAUGAGAACAAUAAUAAGAAUAACAACGAAUCCAAAAUCGCGCGAAACGAUGGAAGCGGAAAAAAGCCAGAAUAAGAAGAGAUAGAAGAAAAAGCGGAAGAAGGACCAAAAGACGGGAUACAGAAGAAAAAUGAGAGUCAAGAAACCAGAAAGGAAGGAGGAAAAGAUAAGACGGAACAGGAAGCAGCGAACCAAGAACAAAUGCAACAAAUAAGGGAGACCCUCCAACUGAGAAACAUAGAAGUGGAUGAGAGCUCGAGAAAGGAAGGGGUCUGUGAAAAGGAAACCAACGGAGAAAUCCUGGAGCAAAUAAGAGAAAUAAGGAAAAUCAUGGAAAAAUCAAGUUUGAAGUUGAGGAGGAAAACCAAAACCUCAAGAUAGAAAUUGGAUUACUAAAGCAACGGAUCAGGUAUGAUGCCAGAAAGUGGGAAAUGGAAAACGUGGAGUUAGAGAGGAGCGUAUCGGCAUGGAAAGAAGAGGCGGAAGCGAAAGAUCGAAAAAUAGUAAAACUUGAAAGGGCUCUUGCUUCUGAGUCAGUGCAGAACGACAAGAAAGGUCACUGGCAGCAAAAUAAAUUGAAAAACUCGAACGCAGUUACCGGACCAAGAAAUACGAAAACCAAAGAAAAUGGCCAGGAGCAGCCAAGGAAGGAAGAAAAGCAACAGCGAGAACCGGAAGAGCAAAGGUUCAACGAAAGGGAGCAGCGUGUCGAAAAUCCAGAGAUACAACACAACAUCGAGGAGGAUCGAAAUUCUCACUUAAAAAGUACAACGGAAAAUCCAGGAGACGAAGCAUCAAGUAAUUCGGGGGAAAGAAGAAGAAAACCUGCAAAAAAAAACCUGUAAAAAAACCGGAAAAGCUGAAGGAGCAGGAAUAUCGACGAGAAAUGACGAGGAGGAGAUGGAGGAAAAACAACUUAAUUAUCCGGG